AUGACCGGGGACACGUCGGGUCGAAAGAGUUUAAAUGCCGCUUUUGCCCAAAGUCCUAUACCCGAAGAGCCGUCGGACCAGACGAGUCCUUCAUCUCCACGCAAUACUCAAGAUCCGAGCUCCGUCUCUUCAAACAUACGUACAUCACCUUUCCCAUUGAAUGAAGAUGGUACAAACCAAACUACUCCAGGUCUGGCCUUGUCCGCUACAGACCCUAUUUCACAGGAUCAGGUUGAUGUCUCGCAUGAUGUUAUGGAAAUAUCAGACGAGUCAGAUAAUGAUGAGAACGGCCCAGCAUCGCAAGCAAGACCGCCUGCUAAUCCUACACGUGCCCGGGCUCCUGGUCCACGUGUCCCAUCAUCGGGUGCUCGUGCUCGUGCCACUGCUGUCCCUUCUGCCCCUGUUGCUCCUGCUUCAGCCAGCUCUUCUAAGCCAACUCGCCCGUUGAAAUCAUCACUUCCCAAAAUGCGGCGUUCAGAUGAGCGCUUCUUGUUACCUGAAUUCCGUUAUAACGUGAUGACUAACGCUUCAAUAUAUGAGUCACUUAAGUCAUACCUUGUGAGCCUGGGGGAAACAGAAGAUGGGACAUUUCCAUGGUGGAGGGUCAUGCAAGACUUUGUGCACUUGUAUUUUGAACACUUUGACCAUGAAUACCCCGUGAUUCACCCAUAUGCUCUAGAAUUCGGACAUGACAAAACCUCAUGGAUGGUACUUUUAGCAGUGGUCACUGUUGGGAGUCAAUAUAGCGCUUUCGGCAACGCCAGUCAAUUUUCAGCAUCAUUUGGGGAGAUCCUGUCUCAGGCAAUAGAACAAAACCGGCCUCAAUCACCCGAAUCAACAACUUUAUCCUAUGCACAAAGUGUAUUCCUUAGUGACGUCUCCCUGAUGUUUGGCGGGUCUCACAAAGCCCAGUUGAAGCUGCAGUAUGAGCGAAAUGUACUUGUCACCUUGGGUCGUGUCUUGAAGGUUGAUCCAUACAAUGGAGAGCUUGGCUGGCAAGAGAAUCUCGUAUACGUCUACUUCAUUGUAUCUUUCAACUUGAAUGUCUUCAGCUCGUCUUAUUCGAUCGUCAGCCGAUAUUUGGACAGCAUGAACUCCCCGAGGAGUUCCCCUGUCGCCAAUCACUAUGGUGUCGCAGGAAUGCUGACAAUUUCGUCCAUAUAUACCGUGACCAAACGAGGAGAGAUUGUUCCUUGA